AUGGCCGACGACGUCGACUCGGUUGUUAAGGGAGCCCCUGCGCCCGGAAAGCAUGCAUCCGAUAAUGUCGGGGGCACGAGCGGUGUCACGACCAACACUGGCAAGCACGGCGACCCACUGAGCCACACCCCGAGCUCCCCCUCCAUGAUCUACCUCAACCUCCUGGUCCUCGAAGCUUCUCUGCGCGCCCAGUACCUCGAACUGCGUGCUCGACGCCGCCACCAUACCUUCUUCUUUGCCAUACUGUCCCUGUGGAUCGGCGGAUUCGGCUAUGCCCUGUUCUUUGCGCCACGCGAGGACGGUGUUGGCGUAGGAGGGUCUGUCUACUGGGGUGUUGAGACGAUUGAGAAGCUCUGCUUUAUGGGAGGCAUCAUGACCGCUAUUCUGGUCUGGGCCACCGGCAUCUGGGAUCGCGGCAUCCGCUGGCCCAGACGCUGGUUCGCCAUUUCUAACCGUGGCCUGCGCGGCUUCAAUGCGAAGCUCGUCAUCAUACGACGGCCUCUGUGGGCCGAAGUUGGCUCUACUGUCGGCUUCUUCCUGACCUAUGGUCUUUUCUCCCACACGGCCAGUUCAUCUUAUCGCUACAUUGAUCCAUCAAUUCUGCGUGCCGUCGAGAAGGAGCUUCGCCUCACGACCGAGAAGCAUCCCGCCCUGCCCAUCCUUACCGAAGACGAGGAGAAAGGCGGCCACGAAGAAGAUCUUGCCCCAGGAGGCGACUACGUCAAGCUGUUGCUGCUAGCCAAACCUUUCACGCCAACAUUCCGAGAGAACUGGGAGCUGUACCGCACCGAAUACUGGGAAAAGGAGAACGAGCGCCGCGCCCUCAUCCUGAAGAAACUGAAGGAGCAUGAGCGACGACUGGCCAAGGAGACCUGGGGCAUAUUUUGGUGGUUGCCUUGGCAUCGUAUGGAAACCGGACGCCCACGCUCCUCGACAAUACUUCAAAGCCGGAAUCGCGAUCAGGAUCAUGACCCCGAGAAGCUCCAUCCUCGAACUGCAGCCCUCGAGAAGCAGCACCGGCGCCGCGGUAGUAGCGUACGCCGGCGCAGCUCGACCAGCUCUUCUCGCAGCCCUCUGCCGGCCGAUGGCGAGGAUGCACCCGUCAGUCGCAAAGCCAGCACGGCCUCUAAUGCUUCGGAUAAGAAGAGACGGAACAAGCUUUCGACGAGCUCCAAGCCCAAGCGACCCAACGUGGAAUCGAGGUCGGUGACACCGGACAUUCCAUCACCCCUAGCACGGGAGAGCAGCGUUGCUAGCGACGUGACAUCAUCGGAUGUGGGAGGAGAGCGGAUGCUGCGAAGCUCGUCGUCCAAGUCCAGCGUGGGCACGGGCCGGGAUUCCAAAUUGAGCGAAGCGUGA